CACAUUAUAGACUAUGCAUAUACAUAUAGCAUAUUUAAAGGGAACCAACCGUAUCAUUUUAAGGAUAAUACUUUAAAGAUUGCAUAACCAAAUAGUUACUACUUACGAAACCGUCACAUUGUGGAUACUCAUGACCAGUUUGUCGUGCACGCACGUGAACGAAUCGGACGUACCUCUACACUGAUUAUUCUGAGAGAUUUUUCCGACGUUAACACCCAUGUGUAUUAGUGUUAAAAGCUUAAUAUUGAAAAACAUUUUCAAUCAUUAGGUAUAUGAUUUAGUGGUAUACCAGUACGUAUCUCUGACAGCUGUUAACAUGGAGCUCUAUGUUGCACGAUUGGAGGCAGGAGGAGAGAAAUCACAGGGAGUAAAAGCUUGUUUGAAAAGGUACCGGAAGAAGAUCUCAAACAUUAUAGACGCCCCCUCUAUUCUCAUAUUCGUUGCGUGUCUGGCCAUAUUGGACGCUUCAUUCGUCGUAUCCCAGCUGAUCAUUGAUGUGGUCAUUGUCAGGCAACUUCUUGAAAAGCACGUUGCGUCUACAAAGACUUUAUCAGUUGUUCUCAAGGACACAUACCCCGUUGAUUUCAGUUGUUAUGGUGAGGACCAUUACGACACCGGAAGUCUAGAAGAUCUCAUUUCUUUUCUCGAUCAUGGGAACGGUUACCAUGGAGGCGGUAGUUACCAUGGAGACAGCACAAAUAAAAUGGAUAUUACCCACAGGAAGAAGCGACAUCUACAGAGCAAAAGUAAACAAAGGCAGGUUAACAUGAUGUUGUUGUCCCCCGCAUUACGUACUGCAAUGCAGAGCCUUCCUUUAGGUCAACUAGAAGAAUUGUGCUCGAACCCCAUCCCUUUGAAUUCCAAACUUGGAAGAUUUCAAAGUAAGCGUAUUAAAAAACGAGCAUCGAGUUCAGAAAAGACUCAUGACAGAAAUGAAUCUCUAUUGAGUGAUGGCAAGUGCCCAAAUAUAACUGAACACCAUGGAGAGCAUGAACACGAUCUGGCUCACACUUUGGCGCAUGCUUGCCAUAUUGGAAGUAUAGUUAUUCUCACAAUGAUGGUGUGCGAGAAGCUGCUUCGCAUACAAGCUUACGGCAGGAAGAUUUUUAAAAGUAAAUUCCAGAUGUUUGAUGGUUUUGUUGUGAUCCUGUCCUGGAUCCUUGAUCUUGCGCUAAUUGAUGGGAUUUGGGCGCAGUCGGAAGUGGAUGCUGCGCUACUGCUUAUUAUUCUCCUUCCAUGGCGGAUCAUUCGUAUAAUCAACUGUUUUGUAAUGACGUUCAGGGAGAGGUAUAGGAUACAAAUUCGAUUAAUCGAAGAGAAAAUGAAGGCGAGUGAAAGAAAGGCAAAAGAAGUAUCUAAUAAGAUGAUCUGCGCAAAGAGAGAGAUAACACAUCUAAGAGAUUUGGCUUCAAAACAUGGCGCCACCGAGAAAGCCAUUGAAUUGUGCACUAAGAAUUCCAAAGAUUCACUCAGUCGUAAAACUGGAAUGUACCUUCAUAGCAUGUCGAUGAUUACCAAUAUUCUCCAAACAACGUUCUCUCACCAUACAGAUGAAACAGAAGAUGAACAUAAUGACUCGAAACCAUCAGAAGGUACGCCUAAGUCUAUUAUACAACCUGAAAAGCAUCGGGAAGAAAUUCAAAAUGGAUUCAAGGAGAUAUGCAGUAUUGGGGUAGAGACUUCAGUUGUACAUGUUAAUGAAACAAGUGCACAUCCUGACGAAACAAUAGUGCAACCUGAUAAAACAAUGGUACAACCUUCUGAAACAAUGGUACAGCCUGACAAAACAAUGGUACA